AUGACCGAGCCGAAGAUAAUUGCUAUUAUUGGAUCCACGGGAUUUCUGGGACCUUAUAUCACAGCGUCUUUGCUCCAGAAACACGCUCACGCCAAGAUCUUUUGCCUCAACAGGAGUAAAGACGGAGAACAGCGCACAAUAUCAGCUUUGCAACAAAUCAGUAGCAACAGUCUCACCACUCGUAAUUGCCUCCAGUUUACCACAACCGACAUCACGCAAUCAAACCUUGGACUGAAUGACAAACAGUACAAGCAUUUUACAACCGAAGUCGACGAAAUCGUCUUCAACGCCUGGAAUGCAAACUGGGCCAUGCCUCUCACAAAGUUCGAGCCACUCCUCAACGCUGUACGCAACAUCAUCAAGGCAUGUACCGCCAGUCCCAAGAAGCCACGCAUAACGUUCAUCUCAUCAAAUUGCUCCAUCAUGAACUGGCCAAGCCGCCACCCCGAACAACCACUCAUACCAGAAGAGCCCGCUUGGGAAGAUGCCAGCGCCGCAGACAGCGGAUACGGACAGAGUAAAUGUAUCGCCGAGCAACUCCUCGCCCGCGCGAACCUAGACUCUGCUGUGCGUGUUAGAAUCGUACGUGCAGGCCAAAUCAGCGGUCCAUCAUCUGCAACUGCUGGUUCGCCAGGCUGGCCAACCCAAGGCUGGUUAUACGUCACGUUCAAGACGAGUCAACAACUUGGUUGCUGGUCUGUACACAUGAACGCUACUGACUGGAUCCCCGUCGAUUCGCUCGCAGAGGGCAUCACCAACAUUACACUAACGCAGCCGAGUAACAACGACGUUGUGAAGGUGUAUAAUAUGAUGUAUCCCAAUCCUGCACCUUGGGCUCUUCUGUACAAGGUCUUGACUGAAAGGUAUGGUUUGGCGGUCGAGGAAGUUACGCUUCCGCAGUGGCUUGGCAUGCUCGACCCUAAGACGUUCAAGAUGCAUGGCUUUAUGGCGGCAGCUGGUGAGGGAAGGGAACAAGAGGCCAUGGUCUUUCACAAUAAGAAUGCGCUGGAGAUGUUGCCCAAGGUUGAGAAUAUUACAGCGAAGCAGGUCGAGGUUUGGCUGAAGGGCUGGAAGUUGAAACUUGGUGAGACAAGGGCUAGACUUUGA